AUGAAAGAAGAAGGCUCGGAAAGAGUUGCUACAAACUCAGUGAAGGACGGAAAAAAGGAAGAGCUAUUGGAAAUUGAAAAGUUCAUGCAUCAGAGAUGGGAUGAGAGGCGAGACUACGAAAUGAACGCGGAUUCAGAUAAAAAAAAGUAUUUUGUUACAUUCCCGUACGCCUACAUGAACGGCAAGCUGCAUCUUGGGCAUAUGUUCUCAUUCAGCAAAGCAGACUUCAUAGCUAGGUUCAAAAGAAUUACCGGGUACAAUUCUCUGUUCCCGUAUGCAUUCCACUGCACAGGAAUGCCGAUCAAGGCAGCAUCUGACAAGCUGAGGGACGAAAUAAACGGCGUUAAAAAAACCGGGCAGACAGAAAUACUUCUGUCCAUGGGAAUCGAGAAAAGCGACAUCCCAAAGUUUGCAGACGCUUCGCACUGGCUGCGAUAUUUCCCAGUUGAGGCCAGAAAGACCCUUGGGCUAUUCGGAGCAGCAGUGGACUGGAGAAGGUGUUUCAUAACAACAGAUGAAAACUGGUUCUACGACUCGUUUGUUUGCUGGCAGUUUGAAAAACUAAAAAAGCAAAACAGGAUAUCAUUCGGCAAAAGAUACACAAUAUACUGUCCAAAGGACAGCCAGGCAUGCAUGGACCAUGACAGACAGGAGGGAGAAGGCGUUCUACCACAGGAGUAUUUGCUCGUUAAAAUACCAGUGACAAUCGAUGAAAAAGAGUACAAUCUGCUCGCAGUUGAAAAAGAAGGCAUGGGAAAUGGCCCGUACAAAUGCGUGGUAAGCUCCAGCAUAAAGUACAAAGUGAUUGAGAUGGAUGGCGACCAAAUAAUACUCUUUGGGGGCUGUCUGCCAAACAUGCAGGCUCAGAACUACAGCUUCAAAGAGGUAGAAGAGAUAGAAGGAGCUAGCAUCAUAGGCAGAAAGCUGCUCUACAGAAAUGAAGAAAUGCAGAUAGAAGGAACAGCAACAGUUGGCUUGCCUGCGUCAAAGAUAAUCAUUUCUCAGACAUCAAAAACAGAAGAAAAGACAAAGACAAAGCUGGAGGAGCUUUACCCAGUGGUAAGGUACUACGAGCCAGCAUCAAAGGUAAUCAGUAGAUCUGGUGCGGAGUGCAUAGUGGCCCUUGUUGACCAGUGGCACAUAAACUACGGAGAAGAGAGCUGGAGAUCAAAAGCACAGGAGUGCGUUGAUGCAAUGGAUCUCACGAAGGAAACAAGGGAGGCCCUUAACUUCGGUCUGGGCUGGCUGUCUAAAUGGGCUUGCAGCAGGAGUUACGGACUGGGAACAAAGCUCCCAUGGGACCCGCAGUAUGUCAUUGACUCCCUGAGUGACUCCACAAUAUACAUGGCGUUCUACACGGUCAAACAUCUUUUAUCUAAAGAUAUAUUUGGCGAAGAUCCACUGGUAGAUAAGAAGCUGAUCAACUACGACUUCUGGGAGUCCAUAUUCGGAGAUAAGCCAGCCUCUGGAAAAGAGCCUGAAAUAUACAGCCAUCCAUCCGUUGUGAAAAUGCGGGAAGAGUUCUCGUACUUCUACCCUGUGGACCUAAGAACAUCAGCAAAAGAUCUAACAAAUAACCAUCUUCUGUUCUUUGUGUACAACCAUGUCUCGCUGUUCAAGAAAGAGUUUUGGCCGCUGAAAAUAUUCACCAAUGGGCACAUCAUGCUCGACAACGAAAAGAUGAGCAAAAGCACAGGCAACUUCCUUACGGGAGAAGAGGCCAUUGAGAAGUUCAGCGCGGAUGCAGUCAGACUGACCCUUGCAUCAGGCGGGGAUACAGACCAGGACAGCAACUUCUCCCAGCAGACGUGCAAUGCAGCAGCCCUCAGAAUCCACAAACUCCACAAGCACCUUCAGCCAAUAUUCUCAGAAUUUAAGAUGGGUGAUUUCGAAGAGACCAUUGAUACUCUUGAAAAAGAGCUGAAAGAAGAGACGAACAAUCAGUUUACAGAGGACUCUCUUGUGUUCAAUAAGAUUUUAUCGAUAAAAAAUCAGACCAUCGCUGCAUUCAAUGCUAUUCUCUUCAGAGAGGGAGUGAUGCACGGAUUCUACACUCUCGAGCCGCUGAUUGAGCAGCACUCCAGGGUUUCGAAGAACUCAAAGCUGAUACAGUACGGAUGGCUUGUCUUCCUCUCUUUGAACUACCCAAUCAUCCCGCACAUGGCAGAGUACAUCCUCAAAGACACGACUGAGUCUCCCUUCAAGGUGUCCAAUAUUUUGAAAAUAUCAGAGAUAUCGCAAAGCACGCUGGAAAUGGGCGAGUGGAUGGAGAAGAUUGUGGGCCACACAAAGAAAACUCUGCAGAGACAGAAGAAAAAGAAGCAGGACAUCAAAGAGGUGCAGCUGCUGCUCCUCAAAGAUCUCCUUCCCUGGCACAAGCUGGCUCAGUCUCUUACAGCAGAAGAAAUAAAGAAGAAAGACUGGAAAUCACACGGAGUUGCAGUGCCUGAGGUCCUGCAGUACCACUCAUCGCAGCCCAAAAUACUCCCCAAAAGAGCGGAGUCUUUGAACCUCUUCAUGGAGAAGAUAGCAAAAGAGCUGGAGGUGCAGAAGGUCUGUGUGCUGGAGAGCGAGCAGGGGGGCUUGGAUUUGCCCAAAGUAAGAAUAAUAACGAAAUAA